GAUCAAAAUGUCGGACAGCGAGGAAAGCGUACAAACAAUGCCAAUACAUGCAAAACGACAAAGAGUGUCGCUGAUCAGGCAUAAUGAAGAUUCAGGAGACGACACAGAUGACGUGUCAAGCACUGUGAGUACCCUCCAAGAUGACUCCCUGUGUGACACACCCUCCAGCAUUGCCUCACGCUCAAAGGCAAAAAAGAAAACUAAACCCAAGCCAAAGUUUAAAUGCUCCAACUGGGUUAAGGAGGAUCACAAGAAACCGCUGUUUGGAGUCUUGUUCAACACAUUUGCUGAGGAUCCACUGUUGUUUAUCACCGUUGGACACAACAGGGUGAGCGUGUACGAGUGUUUGUCAGAUGGCAAGAUCAAGUUGCUGCAGGCCUACGCUGACCCAUGUCCUGAUGAGAACUACUACUGCGGUGCAUGGACGUUUGAUGAUGAAAGUGGCCAGUCUCUGAUCGCGGCUGCUGGACUCCGGGGCAUCAUUCGGAUCAUCAGUCCCGUCACCCAAACCUGUGUAAAGCAUUUCGUUGGCCACGGUGCAGCUGUCAAUGAGUUGAAGGUCCAUCCUAAUGACCACAACAUGCUGCUGUCCGUCUCCAGGGACAACACAAUGAGACUGUGGAACAUCAAGAUGUCCUACUGCGUGGUGAUAUUCGGUGGAGUGGACGGUCACAGAGAUGAAGUACUCAGUGCUGAUUUCAACAUUGAUGGCAGGAAGCUGAUCUCGUGCGGCAUGGACCACUCUCUGAGGAUGUGGCGCGUGGAUACAGAUGUCAUACAGCAGGCUAUCAGGGACUCCUACACAUACAAUGCCAUCAAAGAGAAAGCGCCAUUUCCAACAUACGGUGAGAACUUUCCAGACUUCUCUACACGAGAUAUCCACAGGAACUAUGUAGACUGUGUAAGAUGGCUGGGGGAUUUUGUGCUGUCCAAGUCGUGUGAGAACUGCAUCAUCCUGUGGAAGGCAGGGAGCCUGGAGGAGAGGUCGUGGCGUGUGAAGGAAGGGAGGGUGAGCGUGCUACAUCGCUUUGACUACAGGGACUGUGACAUCUGGUACAUGCGCUUCUCACUUGACGCUCAACAAAAGAUGAUGGCCCUGGGCAAUCAAGUAGGCCGAGUGUUCGUCUGGGACAUUGAUGUGGAGGAUCCCGUGUUAGCCAAGUGUUCAGUUCUGACUCACAACAAAUGCUACUCGGCUGUGCGGCAGACAUGUUUCUCUCCAGACGGUGAGACCCUACUAGCAGUGUGUGAUGAUGGAACAAUAUGGCGCUGGGAUAAACUUUGAGACCAUGGUUGUGAUUGCAAAAUGUUGUGUUUUACAAUGUUUUAGACAAUGAUUGUGAUGGCACAAUUUUGUGUUUGAACAAACCGGAGACCAUCUCAUA